AUGACAGUAUUUAGUUUUGUUAUUUCUUCAUAUCAAGAUCAGUUGAAGAAUGAAAAAGAUGCAAAAAGUGCAAUAAGGGAUUCAAGGUCAGAUCACAAAACAUUUAAUACACUUAACUACAGUGUACACACCUUAUUUUAAGAAAAGGAUUAUGUUGUGGUUUUAUUUUUCUUUGUUUUGUGGCUUGUUAAUAGAUCGUUUUCACUCACACAACAAAGAAAUAAAUAAUUUUUUUCCAAUUAUUGGAAACCGUCUAGUGGAAGAAGCCAAGAAAAUGAAUUAUAAAAGUUAAAGACUAAUCUAUAAACAAUUUGUUCAAGUCUCAGGUCUUUGUGGCCCACAGUUUCUGAGUUAUUUGCCAAGACGUUUCACGCACCUUUGCAGAGCUUUGUAUGGAGACGCCAUAUUAGUGCACCGUUUUGGUGCACCAAUAUGGCGGCCAGAAAUCAAAAAAAACAUCUGGACUUCACUUUUUUUAUAAAAGCUCUUUUUUCACUCGAGAACGAGAAUACUUGCGCAUAAAAAUAUCUUCUAAUACUUGAAAUGGUUAUACUGCUGAAAAUCAAGAGGAGAGACUUUUUUUCAACGAGACAGCAUUCCUAUUAAACGGUCUCGCUCUGCGAAAACUCGGAAGUUCAAAUUGCUGUAUUUUCGAAAUGAAACAUGCUACAGGAAUGGAAACUUGUACAAAGAUUUAUUUGUUGUCUAUCUUCAGCCUGUUGUAAAACCUCACUAUUUUAACUUUGCAAUUUGAUGGCGUCAAUGUGAAUGAAAACCAUCUGUAGAUGAAAAAGAGUGAAAAACAAAGGGAAACAGCGUGCAAAGAAAGUAGUAUCUGAUAGCCCGGGGCUAGUGGAUUUUGCCAUUGAGCUAGUGAAUUCUGUUCUUAACUUGCCUGAUGGGCAAGUGAAGUAUGUUGAGGAAUUCAUCUUACAGAAGAACUGUGAAAUCAAUAAUAUUCUGCUCAUCAACAAAUUUGGGGGGCUAGUUGAAAUGACGUUUGGGCUAGUAAAUGCUAGCUUCAGCUUGCCCGAAUAGCAAGCUGUAAAAAUGACUUUCUUUGCACCCUGGGAAAUAAAAUGUAAACCAAGGAUAAAUUUGAACCAUAACAUAUACAUGUAACACUGGUCAAACUUUUAUUGCAUAUCCAGUAUCCUCAACUCUUGCCAAUCAGCCUAACGAUUCUUGAAACAAAAUUACAAACAUCUCUAGAAUUUGUCUUUUUUGUGUUGCACACAAAUGGGGAUAUACGCUGUAGGCAAUAUCUCUCACAAGAUGGCAUUUUGGGGAACAUGUAUUGUAAGGAGUCUGGGUGUGGGAAGGUCCAAAGAGACUGAGAGAAAUCUUGUAAGAAUAUCUAUAAAGAAUAGGGGAAUGAACGAAUGUACAGCUGUUGGAGGACCCUUACAAAGAACUACCGAGUCGAACGUUACUGGGUAUCAAUGUUGAAAGAGUUUACUGUACUGUUAAUGUUAACACAUUCUUUAUUUAUACUAUGCAGAUGUCAGAUCAUAUCUUUAAGGAGUGUAUUCCAGUAGUGGAACAAGCAAACUCUGUAAUUCAUUCUGCCCUUGAUGAUCCAGACAUCCCAUUGUCUCCAAACGAGCUCCGCUGGCUAGGCUGCAAUGUGUACAAUUUGGGCUGUGUGUCAUAUCAGAGAGAUUGCGUUACUGAAGGAGUUCCUCUGUUGGCUAUUGCUUGUGAAGAGCUGAGAGUAUGGUGCUUUGCUGGCAAGACUGAUGAGGAAAUUCUUGCGAGGAUUGUGGAGGUAAUAUGGCCUUAAGCCUUGUAAUUUUUUUAACAUACUGUGUGGCAUGAAAUGUUUACGGAAGUUUGCGAUUUUUGUGUUUUGCGGGAACAAAUUUUGCAAUUAGGAGAGAUUGAUUUUUCUUGCUGGGAAUUGAUUUUUGUGAUUUCAGAAAGUCCCAGACCAAUCAUUGUUAAUAUUUUCCUUUUUAUUAAGUAUGCACAAUGGAAUUUAUGUACAGUGAAAAAAAGUUUCAAACAAUGCUACAGUUUGUGAACCAUACACUGUACGUAAAACCAGUAUAACAGAUUACUUUUUUUUGUCAUUCUAUUACAGUAACAUCUGGGAUGACUGAUUGUUCUGAUUAUCGAUUGGAAGAAUUUAAGUUGGAAAAUAUUUAUGGUGGAGGAAUUUAUUUGCAGGAAAAAUGUGUGCUGGAAAAAUCGCAAAAAUUAGAACCCGCAAAAAUUUUGUGCCACAAGGUAAAAUCAAUGAUGUACCAUUUUGAUAAGCCCCAAUAGUGAUUAUUACCAAAUUUAUCCUUAUAAUACUAGUACUCACCAAUCAUUGUUUUAAUAUUGGGUAUUAAAUACUUGUAAUUCAUUUUUUUUGCACUGUGCAUAAAAUACCACGUCAAUGAUUUUCUUUUUUUCCGAGAAAAGGAAGCAAACACUUGUGAUGUUAACCCACCAGAUGGGUCUUACAGUAAUCUGUCCUGUCAUGCCAUCAUUAAUAAGUAAUAACUGAUUUCUUUUAGGUGAAGCUCCUAACAAAAUUUGCACUGCUGACUGACUGUCAGCUACGAGCCAAACGGGUGGCUGGUGCACUGACAACAGCUACCACUCAGGUUCUUAUAACACUUCAAACUGGUUCUGAUGCAAAUGUCUUAAGGCAGCAGAUCAAACAAUGGGCCACAGUGAAACAUGAACUGGUGAAGAGUGUGCAAGAUGAAAAGAAACAAGCUGAAAAAUCAACGUUUGUCAUGAAUUUUCGUGAAAAAAUUAAUUUUGCCUAAAACCAGGCAUGCACCAUUGGUUGAGAAUACAUGAAGAUGUCAUAUUUUUAUUACAACUGCAUGAAUCCUUCAGUGAGGUGCCCUUUUCUAAGAAGUAUGAGAUUCUGUUAGUCCAAAUACAUUAUGUCAUAUCUUACCUGUCUUUCUAUUUUUCUCUGUUUACCGUAGAACCCUGUGCAGUGUUUUAGCAGAACAGAAAGAUGCUGAAGAUAUUGACAGCAGUCAGCUUUGUUUAGUUCUUCAGGAAGAGCUUGCUUCUUACAAGGCAAAGAAGUAGGUUCCCAAAAAGACCGACAUCACAAGGUUUCUGGACCUGUUGCAGAAACAGGAAAGAGUUCCUCAUUUUAAUUGUCCAUUUAGCUCUUUCAUUACCGUACAAUUGUGUAUGAAACAGAUCCUGGAAAGAAAUAUUACAGUCAAACCUGCAAAACCGUGAACACCAGAAAUAUUUCUGGAAUGCUAUUGUCUUGCAAGAGAAAAGCCAAUCAUGCGUGAGAAAACUAAACCACAAGCAAGAACGUUAGUUAGUUUGUGGUUUUGUGGCCAGUUCGCAUGUCCUGAUCUUUGCUGUGAUUGGUCAUAACACAAUAAACAUUCUUGAGAUAUUUCAAGUCUUCACGGUUUUCCCGGUCGCACUGUAAGCUCAUGUGAAAGUACAGUGUACAUACAGUGUAUUUAUUAUUGUCAGGACUGUAACUAAGAAACAGGGACCAGGGAUUUCUGCCGGCGACUGUGAGCGUGAGCCCCAACUACUCUCAUAGGAAACAAAAGUAAAAUACAUUAUGUAGAACCAAAAGAACUUCCUCGCUGUACAAUUCCCCUCCUACUAAUUACAUUUAGUAAAAUCUAACUAGGGGUCUAUUCUUAAUGCUGCAUUCUGAUUGGUUGAGCUACUACUAGGCUAUAUGUUAUAGCCCACUAGUAGCGAAAAGCACGGGCUUUUUGGUGGCAAAAAAGGAUUGAAGUCUAGCUUUCACUAGCUAAAUUUUUUUACUCUCGCAAUUUUUGACCAACUAGUUGGAUUUUACUAAAACAAUUAUUCCUCUCGCCCUCAUGGCCUCUGAGUUCAUAGCCCAUUCGGCCGUCAGCCUCAUGGGCUAUGGACUCAGAGGAAUAAUUGUUAAAUACCCAACAACUUUACAGGUAUGCUGAUGAUGACGUUGAUAAAAAAGAUCUCUUUUAAUUCAUAUACUGUACUCAGUCUCCCAAAAUUGUUUUGUCCUUUAUACAUGUGUAUUCAAUUGUCAUUUGAGGGGUUCAUUUGAACCCAGGAGUCACUUCAUAAGUAGGUACAAUAUGAUUGUCAGGGUGAGUGUUGUCCUGAAUAUAAUAGGACUGUUUGCUGACUCCGACAAAGAUGAUCCUGGGUCAUCCUUUAUCCCAAUUCUGUUUUGAAUCACUCUGGCCAAUUGAUAUUGUACACCAUUAAGUGGUCUAUUUUUUCUCAUAUUUCUAGUUAUGACACCACGAUGGAGCAACUUUCUGUCAUCAAACAACUUAUGGAGCUGUACAUUAUCCAAGAUGAUGAGUUUCAUUAUGGUUCAGUGAUGCUUGAGUUUGGUGUGGCACUGCGUGACCUCGGAGACAAAGAUCUUGAGGAGGAGAAGUGA